UAAAAUGAUUUUAUUUAUUUACAUUUGGCUAAAUUUCGCCUUCGGCCUACUGCCGUACACCCAGGGGAAUAUAAUAGAGUGCCCCGGCCGGAGCGUGCGUCAGGUGCGCGCCGAAGUGGACACAUCUGCAGAAAUUUCUUUAGUUUUUUAUUACGUGUCUUGGUCGAGUGAAGCGCGGCAGGCGCGUUUGGUGUAUGAUGGCGUUGCACAUUACUUUAAGGACUACGCAUCGUUCGGCGCUAUUGAUUGCUGGCAUCUGCAGUGUAACUGCAGUCACACACAUCCACAAAUACCUGGAAUAGCGGCGAACGGCGGAUAUCCGGACCUUUGGCCUACGCUGAUGGUAAAAUAUGGACAGAAGGUGCAUCUCCGAUUGCAGUAUCAGGGCGCGUGGCUCUUUGAGGAUCUAACACGUUUCAUGAACAAUCUGAUACAGCCCAUUGAUCGAAUGCAUAGCGCAGUCGAACUAAACAAGCUAUGGGCAGCUGCCGAUGCGGUGGUGUUGGGACUUUUUAACUCUGCCAAUGAGCAAGUGUUCAAGCGAUUUAUGGCCACAUCAGUACACUGGCUGGAAUACGAUCCGGACCGCAACGUGCGCUUUGCUGUCGCUUUUGGCUCCACAGCUAAUCAAAUAUUGAAAAGGAAGCCAAAGACACUGCCGCAAUUAGUGUACAUUGAUAACCGUCAUGCAGUGCAUAUCUACAACGAGUCUAGGACUUGGCUACCCACGGAGAUUAUGAAUUGGCUGCAGCAUAGAGUUAAUCCGCUAUUGACAAUGGGCUAUGGCACUCCGUCAAAGCUUACGCUCAAAGCUCGUCACACGCCUGUGCUGGCAAUGGGCAUACGUAUGCACCAUCAGCAUCAGACACCGUCAGUUAUGGGCGUGGAUCUGCAGCGCAAGGAACAUGCCGACUGUGACCAGCAAGACACAGAACAUGUUAAAUUGUCGCUACUUCAAAUGCCAAAGGAGCUGUAUAAAGCAGGCUUAUUGCCAACAAAUUGUGCCAGCGUUUGGCAGCUUAACGCAGCUGUGUUCAUCAAUUACUAUCGCAUUAAUGCCUACCUCAACUAUUUGUGGUCUCAACAGGUGCACGAAAGUCAGCUGGCGACGGAGGCGGAUCAGCUCCUGACUAUGCACAGACGCAAUCGGUGCCUUGCACAGACACACACCAAACAAGGCACACCGUCUUCAAAGAUACGCAUAGCCAAACUAAUCUCGGCCUAUGGACAAGUCAUGUUACGUCAUUCAACUGAACAGAACCAGACGCUGGCCGUGGCGCUCUUUGAUUCUUUUAAAUACCGAGAUUUUCUUAAUCAACUUGGCAUCGAUCAACAUCCGCAUGCUCUACAUAAGCGUGACUCUGCUGGCGUGCAUGUUUUCAUUGUGGAUGUGGACUCCGAAGCGGUGUAUGUCAUGCCUCAACAUCCUUUUUCUACGCUGGCCUUAAAGGAUUUUAUCAAACAAUACUAUGCCGGCCAACUGUCUCCUGUGCAAAAGAACGCACUCUUGCCUGCAAUUCCAGCCACAGAAGGAGCUUUUAUGUCAAACUACAAUCGACACUUGCUGCUCGAAGCACUACAACAUUCCAAUGCCACCAAUGUUGUCUUAAUUUACCGAACAGACUGCCCACUCUCCGCCGUUUUAUCUCAGGUACUCAUGCAGGUUGCUGCCUUGCUUCGUAGUCCUGAACUCAACUUUAUACGCUUUGAAGCUCGGUCCAACGAUUUACCUUGGGAAUUGACUAUGGAUUACACACCCAACUUGUUCGUGUUCCCACAGUCGAGUCCUACAGAAUCGGUGUUGUUUCCUAUUGAUAUACGCGUGGAUAUGGCAAAUGUUAUGUCCUUUAUACUAGCACAGCUGGAGCCGGAGUUGCAACUGCGUUUGGUGUUGGCUAGUUGCCGUCGAUCCUUACGUCAUGCCCGCAGUUGCUUGGACUUUGCCAGAGGAUUGGUGAUGCAACAUAUUGGUCAAUACCUUAAGUAUUGGGAAACAUAUGUUUCAGAACGAGAUUCCAUUUUAAAGCAUCUCAAGCAAUUCAAUGAACUGCAUACGGCUAUUGAAAGCAGUUUUAGAUCAUAGUAAAUGGAUUACGUUAGUCUAGUCACUACUAAUAUGAAGCUCAUUAAUUAAGUCCAAAAGCAGUUAGGUGAAUUGUUGAUUCCUAAAAUUAAAUUGUAAAUACUUCACAUAGAA